UGUUCCUCUGUGAUAGGAAAAAGAAACAGAACGGAGCCACGUACCAACCCACAUCGUCAAAAAUAAACCGCUUCGGUUUAAAACCUUCUGGGACCGCGAUGCGGGAAUAUAAAUUGGUGGUUUUAGGAUCUGGUGGUGUUGGCAAGUCGGCAUUGACCGUUCAAUUUGUACAAUCCAUGUUCAUUGAACGUUAUGAUCCAACAAUUGAAGAUUCAUAUAAAAAGCAGAUAGAAGUUGAUAAUCAAAUCUGCGUAUUGGAAAUAUUAGACACGGCAGGAACUGAGCAAUUCGCUGCCAUGAGAGAUUUGUACAUGAAAAACGGCCAAGGUUUCAUCCUUAUGUUCUCGAUCACUGAACAAUCAACAAUAAAUGAGUUAGCGGAGUUAAGGGACCAAAUUAUAAAAGUAAAAGGUUCAGAUACG